CACUCAUGAAGUUCUACAUUGACAAUUUACCAAUAAUAUUCCCUUAUGACCGUAUAUAUCCUGAACAAUAUGCCUACAUGUGCGAUCUCAAAAGGACCCUCGAUGCAGAGGGUCACUGCGUCCUCGAAAUGCCGUCGGGGACUGGGAAGACCGUCUCGUUGUUGUCCUUGAUCGUUUCAUACCAACAGUUUCAUCCAGCACGCCGGAAACUUAUAUACUGUUCUCGAACUGUUCCAGAAAUCGAAAAGGCCCUUGCCGAGCUGAAGAGACUGCUCGCAUAUCGAAUAGAGUGCGCCGAGACUGAAGAUGAGAAACAGAAAGAGAGAAGUUUCACGGGACUUGGGUUGACCAGUCGUAAAAACUUGUGCAUCCACCCAGAGGUUUCUAAGGAAAAGAAAGGCAAGGUAGUCGACGCUCGGUGCCGAGAUCUGACAAAUGCUGCCGUCUGUGAAAAAGGAAGAGCGGAUCCGGGCUCUGUGGAAUUAUGUGACUGGCAUGAGAACCUAGGAAAACUUGAGCCUGGAAGUCUGAUUCCUCCCGGAAUAUCAACCUUGGCAGAUGUCCUUCAGUACGGACGCGACAAUACAACAUGCCCUUACUUUACGGUUCGAAGAAUGUUACCUUUCGUAGACGUCAUCAUAUACUCGUUUCACUACCUCCUUGAUCCCAAGGUUGCCGAACAAGUUUCUAAAGAAAUGUCCAAGGACGCAAUAGUUGUAUUCGAUGAGGCACAUAACAUCGACAACGUGUGUAUCGAGUCUCUCAGUAUAGAUCUGACGCGACCUAUGUUGGACUCCGCGAGCCGCAGCAUCGGCAAACUUGGUGAAAAGAUAGAAGAGAUCAAAACGACCGACGCAGCAAAACUUCAGAACGAAUACGCUAAGCUUGUUGAAGGCUUACAGGAGGACCCGCAAGUGGAAGACGGUAUGGAUGGAUUUAUGACGAGCCCUGUUCUACCUGAGGAUCUGCUUAAUGAGGCUAUACCCGGGAACAUUCGGAAAGCUGAGCAUUUUAUCGCUUUCCUAAAAAGAUUCGUGGAGUAUUUGAAGACAAGGAUGCGGGUUCUCCACGUCGUAGCUGAAACGCCGCUGUCAUUUCUGCAACACUUGAAGGAUAUCACAUACAUUGAACGCAGACCAUUGAGGUUUUGUGCUGAGAGAUUACAGUCCCUUAUAAGGACCUUAGAGCUCAGCCGUCUAGACGAGCAUGCAUCGUUACAAAAAGUCGCUAGUUUCGCAACGUUAGUGUCGACUUACGAGAAAGGUUUUCUACUCAUUCUGGAACCCUUCGAAACCGAAAAUGCCACUGUACCCAACCCUAUCUUUCAUUUUACGUGCCUGGAUCCUUCGCUAGCCAUCAAGCCCGUAUUUGAGCGUUUCAGCAGUGUGGUAAUAACAUCGGGUACCAUCUCACCCUUGGAUAUGUAUCCAAAGAUGUUGCAGUUCUCCCCUGUGGUACAAGAAACUUAUCCUAUGACGCUGACUCGAAACGCUUUCUUACCUUUGGUCAUCACCAGAGGCAGUGACCAGGUGGCCAUCAGCUCCCGAUUUGAAGUUAGGAAUGACCCCGCAGUUGUUCGCAACUUCGGAAGUAUUCUCGUUGAAUAUAGCAAAAUCGUACCCGACGGAAUUGUGGCCUUCUUCCCAAGCUAUCUUUACAUGGAAUCUAUAGUAGCGGCUUGGAAUGAUAUGGGUAUCCUAAACGAGGUUUGGAAGAACAAGCUCAUUUUCGUCGAAACUCCGGACGCUAACGAGACGAGCAUUGCGUUGGAGAAUUAUAGAAGGGCUUGUGACAACGGGCGUGGAGCUGUACUUCUAUCCGUAGCCAGAGGCAAAGUAUCAGAAGGCAUCGAUUUUGACCACAACUAUGGUCGCGCUGUCAUCAUGUUUGGCGUUCCUUAUCAGUACACUGAGUCUCGAAUUCUGAGGGCCAGACUGGAAUACUUGCGUGAUGCUUACCGGAUACGAGAGUCCGAAUUCUUGGGGUUUGAUGCCAUGCGGAAUGCUGCGCAGUGUGUUGGCCGUGUCCUUAGAGGAAAGACCGACUGGGGUUUGAUGGUGUUUGCAGACAAGCGGUUUGCUCGAGCAGAUAAAAGAGCCAAGCUUCCUCGCUGGAUCAACCAGUAUAUAACGGACACUGCUUCAAAUCUUUCGACCGAUAUGGCGUUGACGCUGUCAAAACUAUUUAUGCGGACCAUCUCCCAGAAUCCAAACGAGAACCAGACAGGUAUCUCCCUCUGGACACUUGCAGACAUUGAAAAGGCUCAGGCGAAGCAAAAGGCUGACGCCAUGGCCAUGGAGGUGGAGCGACAGACGAACGCUAUGGACGAUGAAGACGAGUUCGGAGAUGGAGGUAUCAGCGACCGAAUGCUGGCCGACUUCGAUAUGGAUGCAUAGGCUGGAUGUUACACUAUAGUCAUACAAAUAAUUUAGUGCGUUAAUGGGGA